AUGCUGGAAACAAACGAUAAAAAUGACGCAGCAAGGAUGUUGAACAACGACUGCGAGAUCCAUGUACAAGAAUCGAUAAAAUUACUCGAGAAGUCACGAAACUUACCAAUGUGUAUCGAAUUCGACGAUCUCUGUUAUUCGGUUCGUCGCAAAGGCAAAGAAACUGAGAAAAAAAUCCUACAUAAUGUGACGGGACACUUCGAGCCUGGAAAAGUCACGGUGAUCCUAGGUCCUUCCGGCGCGGGAAAGACUAGCCUACUGAAAAUCAUAUCGGGUAAACGACUAAUCGACGUUAAGGGCACUAUUACCGUAAAUGGCGUUGAACAGAAUAAAGGGAUGUUCCGUAAACAUAUGUGCUAUGUGCCGCAACAAUUCGAUCUAUUACCGUUUCUCACAACUAGAGAAACUCUCUAUAUAGCGGCACGACUGAAACUCAACAUUAAUCGAAACAACCAAGAGAUUUAUUUAAUUGUGAAUGAUAUCAUAGAGAGUCUUGGCUUGUCGUACUGUUUGAACACAUUAGCGAAUAAAUUGAGCGGUGGCGAACGAAAGAGACUUUCCAUUGGCGUAGAAAUGAUCACUAAGCCAUCUGUUCUUUUAUUAGAUGAGCCAACAAGCGGUCUCGAUAGUGUAGCCUCUAAUCAGCUCAUUAACAUGCUGCACAAUAUGGCGAAAGAGAACUGCACUGUAAUUUGCGUGAUACAUCAACCUAGCAGUCAAAUGAUUUCACUCUUUGAUAACAUUAUGGUACUCGACCGAGGCCGAUGUAUGUACUGCGGUCCCAAGAGUGAGAUCUUAAACGUGUACAGCAUUUGCGGAUUCACAUGCCCAAACUUCUAUAACAUAGCCGAAUUUGUACUUGAGGUAAUAACCAAGCAAAGAAGUGGAGAUUUAGAAAAUCUAUACAAGAUCUGUCGUGAUGAAUACGAAAAGAUCAGAUCACACAGUAAACAUAAUAAAAAUGAAUUAGAUGCAACUGAUUCCAAGCAGAAACGUGAAAGUAACGGCAUAAAUACAUCCAUAAAGAACAAAAUAUCAAAAAAAUCGAUAUGGCAGCAGCAAAAGAUAUUAUUUUUACGAGCUCUAAUCUGUAUAAAACGAGAUAAUAUAUUAACACAAUUAAGAUUGGUGGCACACAUCGUAGUCGGGUUGUUAUUAGGAAUAGUUUUUUAUAAUUUCGGCGCCAAUGCAGAAAAUGUGGGCAGCAACAUUGCUUGCUUAUUUUUCUUUCUACUAUUUUUAUUCUUUGCAAAUUCCAUGCCGUCAGUGCAAAUGUUUCCUACGGAAGCGGCAGUAUUUUUACAAGAACAUUUAAAUAACUGGUACUCUUUGAGAGCUUACUACAGCGUAAAAGUAUUAACGGAUCUCCCACUACAAAUAGUUUGCGUCUCAUUUUUUCUGCUUAUAUCAUACUAUUUGACAGGACAGCCAAUGGAAUAUAAUAGAUUUCUACAAACAUGGAACAUUUGUCUGUUAAUUACGAUUCUCGGACAAACGGUUGGGAUACUUACAGGCAUAGCUUUCGGCACUCAGUUAGGGAUAUUUUUAAUACCGGCAACUAGUAUACCAUUAUUGCUGUUCUCCGGAUUUUUCUUGAAAUUAAAUGAAAUGUCGAUAUAUUUGCAACCUUUAAGCUUUGUGAGUUUCUUCAGAUACGCAUUUGAAGGUUUAAUGCAGGCAGUCUAUCUAGAUCGACCAAAUUUGCUAUGCUCGGAAAUCUAUUGUCACUUACGUUCACCAAAUAAGAUUCUCUCGAUGAUGGACAUGCCAGCAGUGUCAUUUCAAGUAAUUUUGAUAAUACUUUGCUGUUGGAUACUUAGUUUACACGUAAUCAUCUACACGAUUCUUCAUUGGAAGAUUUAUCACUCAAAAAAGUGA